GGUUAUGCUCUGUCGGCGCCUCUGUGCCUGCUCUUCGCUAUCCGUGCCCGCCUGCAGCCUCAUCACGCGCUGACGCGCAGCCCAUCAUCAACUCCUCCUCCGACCUCAACUCUGGAACCUUGGAGGUCCUUGUUCCUCCUACCAAUCCUUUCUCCAUCCGUCCCCUCGCCUGAAGUUUCCCCGUUUUCCACUACACCCACACGUGCACAUAGAGAUCGUGUACCGUUCGCUACUGGGUCCCCGGAGUGAACCCAGCUCAUCACCGCUCAACUGUGGAACUGGGCUCAUCCUCCACCCUUUCGGCCCAACUCAGGCUGGGUAGCCGAUCAAACUUCAGUUCCGUGCCACGACAUCACGGGAGAUGGUCUCUUUGUUGCUGUCUCGACCCAGGCAUAAAUCAUGGACGUCAGCAUACAGAGAGCUCUGAACGACAAGCUGUACGACAAACGCAAGGUCGGCGCACUCGAGCUUGAACGCGUUAUCCGUGAACUUGUUGUAGCUAGAGAUUACCCCAGAGUCCAGGCCAUCCUCGAACAGCUCUGCAAUGAGUUUGCUUACGCCGUCCACCAACCCCAUGCCAGAAAUGGAGGUUUAAUAGGUUUGGCUGCAGCUGCCAUCGCCCUUGGUCAUGAGUUACCCCGCUACCUCGAGAAGAUCGUGCCACCAGUGCUCGCAUGCUUCACCGACCAAGAUGCCAGAGUCAGAUAUUACGCAUGCGAAGCCAUGUACAAUAUUGCCAAGGUUGCCAAGGGGGAGAUCUUGAUAUACUUUAACGAUAUAUUUGACGCUCUCUGCAAGCUGGGAGCAGAUUCCGAGCUAUCCGUUAAAAACGGUGCUGAGCUACUCGAUCGCCUCAUUAAGGACAUUGUCUCUGAAUCAGCUGCUUCAUACGUCUCGGUCCUUGAGGGGGAGCUGGGCCAGGAAAUCACCGACAAGGACGAGCUUCAAGACCGUUCUCCUCCUCCCACUGCAUUCUCCUUGCGCCGCUUCAUCCCUUUGCUCCAGGAACGUAUUUGGGUCAUCAAUCCCUUUACUCGCCAAUUCUUGGUGGGCUGGAUUACCCUGCUGGACUCUAUUCCCGAUCUCGAACUUGUCACUUUUCUUCCCGACUUUCUGGGAGGCUUGCUCAGAUUUUUGAGUGACCCAAAUAGAGACGUACACGUUGCAACGAGAGCCUGCCUCGACAAGUUCCUCAAUGAGAUCAAGAGAAUAUCUAGGAUCAAGAAAGGCAUCGCCGAGAGCAAAAAGUCGCGCGAGGGGGGCAAGCGGAAGCGUGAAGAGUCAGUCGAUUCGGGUAGUGUCCAGAUUGGUCCUGAAGAAGGUGAUGAGGUGCACUCCCAAACCGAUGACAGCGAGAGCAGCGGCGAGGAAGAUUGGAUACCCGGCCAGGAUGUUCAGAUUAACUACCGAAAGAUACUUGAGAUAUUGACCGCCACUCUUGACUCUCCUCUUGAAGAGGAUUCUCUCUUGGAGUCUCUACGAUGGAUUGUGGAGUUCUUAGAUAUCUGCCCGGAGGAAGUACUGCCGUUCACUCCAAAGGUUCUGGCUCAUAUGCUGCCCGCUAUGGCCAGCGGCGUCGAAUCUAUCCGACAAGCUGCUGCUCGUGUCAACGCCGGCUUGAUGGACUAUGUGGUCUCCCUCUCGGAUGAACCCGAAAUCGGCGGACCGUCUCAAUCCGCGUCACGCAUUCCAGUUUCUGGCGAAAGACAAGAUGGCCCCUCUAGUGCGCGGGCUUCUCUGUCUAGUUCUCGAGACCUCGAGCUGAGGAGCCCAACCCCAGCUCAGGGCCACAGCCGUUCCCUCUCAACCCCCAAUCCGCCCUACACAAGCAACCAUCCCCAGGUGGAUCUGGACUAUGCUGCAGCAGUAAACGCCUUGACCCUCCUGUUUCUCAACGAUCAUGAGGCGACUCGGGUUGCUGCUUUGACAUGGCUGAUUAUGCUUCACAGAAAGGCCCCCAGAAAAGUGCUCGCUUUCAAUGAUGGGACUUUCCCUGCCCUGCUCAAGACGCUGUCUGAUCCAGCUGAGGCUGUUGUUACCAAAGAUCUGCAACUUCUCUCGCAAAUCUCCCGCAACAGCGAAGACGACUACUUCUCCAACUUCAUGGUGAAUUUGUUGCAGCUGUUUGCUACUGACAGAAAACUACUCGAGACGCGAGGGAACCUCAUCAUCCGCCAACUUUGCGUGAGUCUAAGUGCAGAGCGAAUCUAUCGCACGCUCGCAGAUUGCAUAGAAAAGGAGGAAGAUGUUGAGUUUGCCAGCAUUAUGGUGCAGAAUCUGAACAACAACCUUAUUACAGCCCCAGAGCUGUCUGAACUGCGCAAGAGGCUUCGUAACCUGGAGUCAAAGGAUGGCCAAACGUUCUUCGUUGCCCUAUUCCGCUCGUGGUGCCACAAUGCUGUCGCCACAUUCUCCCUUUGCCUGCUAGCGCAGGCUUACGAGCAGGCCUACAACCUCUUGCAGAUCUUUGCUGAGCUGGAGAUGACGGUGAAUAUCCUCAUCCAAAUUGACAAGUUGGUUCAGUUGAUAGAAUCUCCUGUGUUCACAUACCUCCGACUGCAGUUGCUGGAGCCCGAGAAGUUUCCUCAUUUGUACAAAUGUUUGUACGGCCUGUUGAUGCUCCUUCCGCAAUCCUCAGCAUUCGCUGCCCUCAAGAACCGUCUGAACGCUGUCAGCUCCAUUGGCUACCUUCACAUUGCCCCCAAAGUUAGCCCCCCAUCCGCCGCAAGCUCGACUUACGACAGACCGAACAGACUGAAGAGUCGGGAAGACAGCAUCAUUCGAUGGAACGAAUUGCUGGAAAAGUUCCGCACGGUUCAAGAAAGAGCUCGGCGAGCUCAGAGACACUCGGGUGACGUCGACGACGGCCGCAGUAGUCUUGGACUUGCGGAUAUGCGCCUGGGGGAAGGUCUUGACACAAAAGGCCUUAAGGAGGCACGUAACCCAAGCGGUCCUCCCGUCCCUGUCAAGGACCCUCCUCCUGCUGCGCCACCGGCAGCCAAGAGGUCGGGUCUCGGUAUGAGACAGAUUAGGAACCUGGGAGGCGCAGUCAGAGGGAAGCGGCCCGGUUGAUGUUCUGCCGCAGAAGGCUCAUUGUCUUUAGCGCAUAGUUGUUCUAAUACCCCUCGACACAAGUAGGUGGAACCCGGCUUGUGUCUGUAUUGUAGACAGUAACCAAAGGAGCAUUGCCAUCAACGGCCCUUGCGAGGACUUUCACGCUCAACAAGCCCCUCGAAGAUGGCGUCGCGGUGCUGUGUGAUGGCGCGUACCUCUGCUCGAAGAUGCUCAAGCUCGGCCCUGGCCGUUUUCAAAUCGUCGGGGAGGCCGGAGAAUUGAUCGACUUCUGCGUCCAAACCUUUCUUUUGGGCAAGGAGGUUGAGAUAGUCGGCCUCGUCCUGAACGAUUUUCUCUAUCGUGUUAUAAGAAGCAUUGUGGCACUUAUUAAGGCUAUAUACGCGAUCCUUGUGCUCAGGGAUGCGUGCGGCCAUGGAUUUGAUCCUUCUUUGCAUGUCCAGAUUCUGGCGGGCUAAGUCGUUGGCAGGCUUGUAGUCGUCACUUCGUAAGAUUUGUAGCAAGUCGUUGGCCGAGGCUGACUCCUGUUCAAUGUACGCUUCAAGGACGUGCACGCGACCCCUCAUCUGUUCCAGUUCCGAUGUUUCGGCGUGCAGGGCGAUCAUGGAGCGGCCGAGGGUCUCGGCAUCUGGAUAGGCGACGGAGAGCUGACAUGACAACGUAGCCAUGGAGUUGAGGGCGGUGCGUCCUUCUCGGGUAAGGUGAUCCUGGAGGGCGCCGAGUAUCCUCUCCCGGACGUCGGUAGGAGUCGGUAAUUCUGAGUAGGAAUCGGACUGACGUUGCACCGCAGAAACUUCCUGAACGACGGUAGCUUCGGCUCGGGCGACUAGCUCGCGCUCCUCGUCGGCUGUCUCGUUUGAGUUGGCAAGAGCGAGGAGGGCUUUUAGCGUCUCGGGGUUGCGCUCAAAUGCAGGAACCGGGCGACCCUGGUAUUUCAAGACAAGCCAGCUGUCGACAUAACUCCAGUCUUUGGCGGUGGAGGCGGCGAUGCGAGCUAUUGAUGGCGAGAAGAUAGCGGUUGGGGGUGGGAGGUGAGCCAUGGUGGGUAGGGAGGCGCGUCUUCCAAGCAGAAAAAUGAGGUGAUUAAAGCCCACGGGCUUCGGUGUUUUUGGGUUCUGGUGUUUGUUAUUGACUGCAAGCCACCUAAAGAGAAGGCGAGUUUCCAGUUGCUGCUGCUACUACUAUUGAUGUUAUCAAGGAAGCGCGGCGCACACAAUAGGUGCUUUGGCUCUUGGAUGUUGGGUUGGGC